UACUCAACAUUACUUUUCAAAAAUGGCUGCUCCCAACGUGGUUGUGGGUUCUGAAACGGGACUUUUAAAGGGAAUCAACGUCUCCAAAGCCGAAUGGUCAAACUUAAGCGAUACAGAAAGUGUGGAUAAGACAAAAGAAGUCGUUUCUCUGUGUUGGAAAGAUGAAACCGAGGCAGAAGUUUGUAUGGGACUGAAAAAUAAGUGCGUCAUUUUAUGGAAUGUGCAAAAUCGUUUGUUUAGUGAUCCAGUGACUUUAGGAACCGAGGAAUCAAAGCUUAGAGGAGUAAGAAUUCUGAAUGGAGACUACGUUUCAUGUGUCGACACAGGUUUGGUUCGUUUGUGGAGUGAAGGCGAAGUUAAAUCUGAAAUAAAUGCUGGAAAAGAUGUGUUUGCUUUUGAACAAAAUCCAAUUCAGAAAAACAUAUUCGCCACCGGAGGAAAAGAGAACGAAUUGAAAGUUUGGGACAUAGAAUUGACAGAUAAGCCAAAAUUCAUGGCCAAAAAUGUUCGAAAUGACUGGCUUGACCUGCGAGUGCCAGUGUGGGUGACUGUUGCAAAAUUCAUUCCAAGUACGGAUAAAAUCAUCACAAGCACUGGCCAUCAUCAAGUAAGGAUGUACGACAUUAAAGCACAGAGAAGACCUGUACUGGACAUGUCGUUUGAUGAGUAUCCCAUCACUGCAGCAGCUAUCCACCCUUCUAGUGAUAACCAGGUCGUGGUGGGCAACACCAUUGGGAAACUGGCCAUUUUAGAUCUACGAAAGGGUCGACCCAUUCAAGUUUUUAAAGGCUUUUCGGGUGCUAUCCGUGCCGUUGAACACCAUCCAACUUUACCGGUUAUUGUGUCGUGUGGUUUGGACAGAUAUUUACACAUCCAUUCUGUAGAAGAUAAAUCCCAUCAAAAGAUUUACCUCAAGUCUAGACUUACCUCCCUUCUACUGAAGAAAAACUGGGACAUGGGAAAUGAAACAGAUAAUGACAAAGAAAUUGUAGUGAAGGCUGAAGUUCUGUCAGACGAGAAUGAUGAUGAUGAUAAUGAUGACGAUCAAAUAUGGGAAAAUAUGGAGAUUGUUCAUACAAAAACAAAGAAAAAAGAAAUGACUGAUUUAGAAAUUAAGAAAAAGUCAAAGAGAAAGCAUGAUGAUGAAUCCAUAGAUAUUGCUAAUAAACAGUUAAAAACAAAAUCUGUCAAAAGUCGAGGGAGGAAGAGGAUAAUAAAUGUGUAAUUAGAUGUU